CCCUUCCUGGAGUCCUUGGGAUUCCCAGCUCAGAGCUCAGCCCCGCUCCCCCUCUCCGAGGGCCAGAGGUGUGUGCCAAGCCUUUCAGCCUUCAGCAGGACGGCGGCUGCUUAUUGGUCCCAGAGACAAGUGGGGGACCCCAAUUUCCUGACCGCCCAGCCCGCCUUCCCCCCUUAAGACACUAUCUCCCCAAAGCUGACAGAUGUGGGGGUCCCAGGCGCUCCUCAACAGAGGGCUGGAAAUCAGGGAGUGAGCUCUCUUGCAGGGUCUUUAAGCAUCCUUCCUGGGGUGGCCGCUCGGUCCUCUUUCCCCUCACUUCUCCCUGGCUCCUUGCUUCAGGCUAAAUCCUCCUGCUUCCUCCUGCCAAGUCCUUACCCAGGGCAACCGGAGGGGAGGUUGGGCUUUGGAGGCAGAAGUAGAGAGAGGGAACAAAGGGGCCCUGGAAAGUGAGCAGGAGGGAUGGAGGCCUGGAGCCCCGAGCGGCCCACCUUUGGCUUCUGGGACUAUGGCGUCUUCGGUCUCAUGCUUCUGGUGUCCACCUCCAUCGGGCUCUUCUUCGGGCUGGCCCGCGGCGGGCAGAAGACGGCGGAGGACUUCUUCACGGGAGGACGACAGAUGAGAGCUGUGCCCGUGGGCCUCUCGCUGGCGGCCAGCUUCAUGUCGGCCAUCCAGGUGCUGGGGGUGCCCUCCGAGUCUUACCGUUACGGGCUCAAAUUCCUCUGGAUGUGCCUUGGGCAGUUGCUCAACACCAUUCUCACUGCCUACCUCUUCCUUCCCGUCUUCUAUCGCCUGGGCCUCACCAGCACCUACCAGUAUCUGGAGAUGAGGUUCAGCCGUCAGGUGCGUCUGUGUGGCACCAUUCAGUACGUUAUCGCCACGAUGCUCUACACAGGAAUUGUCAUCUAUGCUCCUGCCCUGAUUCUCAACCAAGUAACAGGGCUGGAUAUCUGGGCAUCUCUCCUUUCUACUGGUGCCAUCUGUACCUUUUAUACCACUGUGGGAGGCAUGAAGGCCGUCAUUUGGACAGACGUCUUCCAAGUGUUCGUGAUGCUCUCUGGCUUCGUCGCCAUCUUGAUACAGGGCACACUUCUGGUCGGUGGGGUUCAUCGUGUGCUGGACAUCGCCAACAAUCACUCCCGGAUCAACAUGAAUGACUUUGACCUGGAGCCAAGGAGACGCUACACCUUCUGGACCUUCGUGGUGGGGGGCACCCUGGUGUGGCUGUCCAUGUAUGGGGUGAACCAAGCCCAGGUCCAGCGCUACGUGGCCUGUCGGAGCGAGCGGGAGGCCAGACUGGCACUGAUCAUCAACCAGCUGGGGCUCUUCCUCAUUGUGGGCAGCGCCAGCAUCUGUGGUGUCAUCAUGUUUGCUCUGUACAGAGACUGUGACCCCCUGCAGGCAGGGCACAUCUCUGCACCUGAUCAGUACGUGCCUUACCUGGUGUUGGACAUCUUCCAGGAUUACCCUGGGGUUCCUGGACUCUUCCUUGCCUGUGCCUAUAGUGGCACCUUAAGCACGGCAUCCACAAGCAUCAAUGCCAUGGCAGCUGUCACUGUGGAGGAUCUGAUCAAACCCCGACUACCCAGCAUCAGCCCUCGAAGACUGACUCUCAUUUCCAAAGGACUGUCUCUCAUCUAUGGUUCUGCCUGUCUGACCGUGGCUGCCCUGUCCUCCCUGCUUGGAGGUGGCGUCCUUCAGGGUUCUUUCACUGUUAUGGGUGUGAUCAGUGGUCCACUGCUUGGAGCCUUCAUCCUGGGCAUGUUCAUUCCAGUCUGCAACACGAUAGGGGUUUUCUCAGGCCUAGGUGCAGGUUUCGUACUCUCCUUCUGGGUGGCCGUGGGAGCCACUCUGUACCCACCAAGCCCACAGACGAUGGGCGUAUUGCCCACCUUCACGGAUCACUGCGCGCUCUACAAUGCCAGCGAGGGUCUAAAUGUCACUGUGAUCAUGGGGACCCUUCCACCAAGGACUAUUUCUGCCCCAGGAGACCGACCUGCCAUUGCUGAUGACUUCUAUGCCAUCUCCUACCUGUAUUAUGGUGCCCUGGGCACACUGACCACUGUGCUGGGCGGUGUCCUUGUCAGCUACCUGACAGGCCCCACCAAGAGGAGCGACCUGGGCCCUGGCCUUCUCUGGUGGGACAUCAUGAAACAGAUGUCAUCUGUGGCCCCCAUGGCCAAGUCGGUGCCCCUGGAGGAGGCCCUGUCUAAUUCCAAGGAUCCUAAGGAGUACCCACAAGAGGUCAAGAAGCCCCCAGGCCCUCCAUCUUUCUGGCCCCAGGACCCACAGUUACACAAGGAGGGAGAGGAAAGCAACCUGCUCAGGGAAACUGAUAUCUAAAUGGGUUCCUCCAAAGACUGAGAGAGACUGAGAAAUCCACACUGAGGGGCCAGGCCAGAACUUUGGCCUGGCCAGUCCAAACCCGGGAACCUGCUCUCUGUGUCUCUGAUUGGUCUGAGCUUGUUUUAUGCUCCUGUCUCUGGAGACCUCUAGAUUUGUUUGAAUUAAGGAUGGAAGAGAAAGGGCUGGUGCCUCCUGGACUCAUGGACCUUCCUCUUGGUCUUCAUGGGGAAAGUGAUAGGUUUGGAUCAAAUUCUAUUUCCCCAGCUGGAUCUGUGGGGAAGUCAAAUUGUUUGUGUGUGUAUGAUAUAAUGGGGGGGAGGGGGAAGAACCUUCCUGCCCCCUGAGGACUCCAUACAUCAUGUAGGCCAACAGAUGUUGGAAAACUCUCAGUUUCAUCUUGGAACUCCUUGGCUCCCUUGUAGGCUCAGUGUUCCCUACAAAACACCUUUCCUGAUUCUCCCCUAGGUUCCUGAUUCUUCCCUAGGCUUCUGAUUCUUCCCUAUGUUCCUGAUUCUUCCCUAGGUUCCUGAUUCUUCCCUAAUUUCCUGAUUCUUUCCUAUGUCCCUGAUUCUCCCCUAAUUUCCUGAUUCUCCCCUAGGUUCCUGAUUCUUCCCUAGGUUCCUGAUUCUUUCCAAGGCUCCUGAUUGUUCCCUACAUUCCUGAUUCUUCCCUAGGCUUCUGAUUCUCCCCUAAGUUCCUGAUUCUUCUCUAAGCUCCUGACUCUUCCCUAGGUUCCUGAUUCUUUCCUAGGCUCCUGAUUCUUCCUUAAGCUCCUGAUUCUUCCCUAGACUCCUGAUUCUUUUCUAGGCUCUUUUGCUCCCCUGUACCCCCUCCUGAGCCUCAGAAUCAUUUUGUAUUUAUUUUGUAAAUAUUUGUAUUUGUUUAUCUGUGUAGUUGGUUAUCUCCUACUAGGACAUAAGCCCUUGGAGGGCAGGGAUUGUUUGUUUUUUGUCCAUGAAUCCCCGGGGCCUAGCUACAGGUAUGUGACUUGUAACAGGUGAUUAAUAAAUAUUUGGUCUUGGGAUCAAA